GUAUUUCAUGUUUCGUGUUCGUAAUAUUCGUGUGCUCCCGGUCUGAGGACUGAGGACUGAGAGCUGCAAGAUUUGAAGGUUAUAUUAGAACACUACAAAUUGAUUUCAAUACUUGCGAAAUGAUUUCUGUUUUUGCUUCACAAAGAAUUGCAAUGACGCUUGUCUCUGGCAAAUUCUACAAAUCGUGUUUUCGAACUAUAUAUAAAAGUUCCUCCGACAAGUCUGUAAAAAUUGAGGCUGUGAUGGAAAAUGAUAUGCCUAUCCAAAUUGAAAAUCCAUAUGUAAAAGAAAAGCAGCAAUGUGUUCUAUGUAAAUUGAAAAUUGAACCAGAUUAUAAGAAUGUAAGAUUACUUUCACAAUUUCAAAGUCGAUAUACAGGCAGGAUAUAUGGAAGACAUAUAACGGGAUUAUGUAAACAUAAACAAAUGAGAUUAGAACAAGAAAUUGCAAAAGCUCAAAGUGCAGGUUUAAUGGGUUUGUGGACUAAAGAACCAGAAUAUGUUAAAGAUCCAAAAUUAUUUGAUCCAAAUCAUCCAUUUAGGCCACAUAAAUAUUAGACAAGCAGUAACAUAGUUAUACAUGUAUACACAUAAAUAUAUACAUAUACAUAAAUAUGUAUAUACAUAAACACUAGACAAAUAGCAAUUAUAAUUGCAUUAGUCAUUGCAUCAACAAACUGCCUUUUUCAAAAUAAAUGUUAUAUAUUUUUGCUGAAUGAAAUCCUUACAUUCA